AUCUCAACCAACCAUCGUCAACUUCACCAUCUACGCAAUCAGAGUGGCAUGGAAAUGUUAGACCGCCACGAUGCCUUACAUCGAUGACGGAUUUGAGGCGCUCUUAGAGCCAUUUUACAAUGGCAAGAAGUUGACAGACCCCAUUUCUACUGUGGAGGACAAGAAUCAACUACUUCCCGCAUUCUUGAAGGUGAAGGGUUUGGUGAAACAACAUAUUGAUUCAUACAACUUCUUCGUCGACCAUGAGAUUAAGGAAAUCGUCAAAGCAAACCGCACGCUCAGAAGCGAUGUCGAUAGCAGCUUCUGGAUUGAGUUUAUCGACAUCCGAGUCGUGUCGCCGGAUCGCUCUGACUUCAGCGAAUUUAGAAUCGAAAAUGAGAUCACCCCUAUGGAAUGUCGCCUGCGCGACAUGACAUAUUCUGCUAAGAUCCUCGUCGAUAUUGCAUAUACUCGUGAGAAGCAGAAGAUCAUUCGACGAAAUGUUGAGUUGGCACGCAUGCCUGUAAUGUUGCGAAGCAACAAAUGCCGACUACACGGUGCUAACAACGCCCGGAUGGAACUUAUGAACGAAUGCCCGCUCGAUCCCGGUGGAUACUUCAUCAUCAACGGGACGGAAAAGGUUAUUCUUGUCCAGGAGCAGUUAAGCAAGAACAGAGUCAUCGUAGAAUCCGACGAGAAGAAUAGUAUCAUCACGGCUUCUGUGACCAGUUCUACCCACGAAAGAAAGUCGAAGACGUAUGUUACUCUAAAGAAGGAACGCAUCGUUCUUCAACAUAACGUUCUUGUUGAGGCUAUACCCAUAGUCAUCAUCCUCAAGGCUCUCGGUGGUCUUACCGACUUUGAGAUUAUGCAGCUGGUUGCUGGUUCUGACUCCCGAUUUCAGGAUGAUUUCGGAGUUAAUUUCGAGGAAGCCACUAGGGUUGGUGUCUUUACUCAGCACCAGGCGUUAGAUUAUAUCGGCGCACGAGUAAAAAUGGGAGGUAGAGGAAAACAGCCAGGGGGUCCUCCAACUGCUCGGCGAAGUACGAUUGAAGAAGGCCUUGACGCCCUCGCGAACCUCAUCAUUGCCCAUAUCCCAGUCGAGGGUCUAGAUUUCUAUCCCAAAGCUAUCUACAUAGCACUUAUGGCUCGUCGAGUGCUUAUGGCGCAUUACAAUCCUAAACUCGUCGACGACCGAGACUUCGUUGGCAACAAGAGACUAGAAUUGGCUGGACAACUUUUGUCUUUGCUUUUUGAGGAUUUAUUCAAGAAUUUCAUGUACCAACUGAAAUUGACCGUUGAGAACUCUCUAAGGAAGCAGAAUCGUGCUAUUGCCAUCGAUCCUCUGGUCCAAGUUGGUGCUCAGGGGAAGCAUAUUACCGAAGGCAUGAAUCGCGCAAUCCAAACCGGAAAUUGGAGCGUCAAGCGAUUCAAGAUGGACCGUGCCGGUGUUACACACGUUCUCAGCCGUCUCAGUUAUAUCAGCGCCCUCGGAAUGAUGACUCGUAUAAGCAGUCAAUUUGAAAAGACGAGAAAAGUCAGCGGUCCUCGUGCUUUGCAGCCGUCACAAUGGGGUAUGCUUUGUACCUCCGACACGCCUGAAGGUGAAGCAUGUGGCUUGAUCAAAAAUUUGGCUCUCAUGACACAUAUUACGACUAAUGUAGAGGAAGACCCAGUCAAAAGAUGGGCGUUUACACUAGACUCUGGAGUUGAACCUCUUCAAUACUUCACUGGGUCCGAGAUGCAUAGGAAAGGUACCUACAUUGUCUAUAUAAACGGUACACCCUUUGCUCUAGCUCGAUACCCGAAGCGGUUUGCAGCUAAAUUUCGUACCAUGAGACGUCGGGGAUGGAUAUCUCCAUUCGUCGGUAUCAACGUCAACGCUAACCUAUCAGCUGUUCAUAUUGCAACAGAUGAGGGGCGCAUCUGCCGACCGUAUAUCAUCGUGAAAAACGGCGAAGCGAAAAUUAAGGAAAGCCAUUUGAGACUACUACAGGCUGGCAAAGCUACAUUCGAUGACUUUCUGAAGCAAGGUAUCGUUGAAUAUCUCGAUGUCAAUGAAGAAAACGAUACAUUGGUAGCGCUCUAUGAAAAGGACAUCACAAAAAUGACGACACACGUUGAGAUUGAGCCAUUCACAAUCCUUGGAGCCGUGGCCGGCUUGAUCCCAUUCCCGCACCACAACCAGUCUCCUAGAAACACAUAUCAAUGCGCUAUGGGUAAGCAAGCCAUCGGAGCUAUUGCUUACAAUCAAUUCAACCGCAUCGACACCCUCCUAUACACUAUGGUCUAUCCUCAACGACCGAUGGUCAUCACUAAGACCAUCGAGCUCAUUCACUACGACAAAUUGCCUGCGGGGCAGAACGCAACUGUCGUCGUCAUGUCCUAUUCAGGUUACGAUAUUGAAGAUGCCUUAGUUCUCAACAAAGCAUCUUGUGAUCGCGGGUUUGGACGAGUUCAGGUGUUCCGAAAGUACACGGCUGAUCUUCAGAAGUACGCUAACGGAAGCCGCGAGAGAAUUGGCGACAAGGACGCGACACAGGCAAAGAAUGUUGCCCUAGGUGAUGACGGGUUGGCUGACGUAGGAUGCCAGGUUCACAGCGGAGAAGUUCUCAUCAGGAAGGAGACUCCUAUUGACGUGAACCCGGUAGUCGGAGUUGGAGCUAAAAAGGCUCAAGAGUAUCGCGAAACGUCGUUGUCGUAUCGACUUCCGGAUCCGGCAUAUAUCGACAAAGUCAUGGUUACCCAAACGGAGAGAGAUACACAACUUAUCAAGGUCCAAACUAGACAAACUAGAAGACCUGAAUUGGGAGACAAAUUCUCUUCUAGGCACGGUCAGAAAGGUGUUGUUGGGAUCAUUGUGGAUCAAGAGGAUUUACCAUUUUCAGAUACAGGUCUUGUGCCUGACAUUAUCAUGAACCCUCACGGUUUCCCGUCUCGUAUGACAGUCGGCAAAUUGCUCGAAUGCUUGACGGGCAAGGCUUCGGUUGUUAGGGGACAUAAGGAAUACGGAUAUGGCGACGCUUUUAGGUCGCAUCCCCUGGAGCAUAUGAGCAGAGAGUUGGUCAAUGCAGGAUUCUCUUGGGAAGGAAAAGAUUAUUUUACGUCUGGAAUCACAGGCGAACCACUUCAAGCUUAUAUCUUCAACGGACCUAUCUACUACCAGCGACUGAAGCAUAUGGUACAAGAUAAGAUGCAUUCCCGUUCUCGUGGUCCACGAGCCAUCCUCACUCGCCAGCCAACGGAAGGUCGAUCAAGAGAUGGUGGUCUUCGUCUUGGAGAAAUGGAACGUGAUUGCUUAAUCGCAUAUGGUGCCUCCCAGCUUCUUCUCGAACGUCUGAUGAUAAGUUCGGACGCAACUGAUAUUGAUAUCUGCGAGCGUUGCGGUUUAUUUGGGUACAAGGGAUAUUGUAGCACCUGUCGAAGCAGCCGGGAGGUUGCUCGUAUGACUAUGCCGUAUGCUGCGAAGCUUCUUAUUCAAGAACUCAUCAGCAUGAACGUCGGCGUGCGGUUACAGUUGGAGGAUGAAUUUCCGCAUCCGAGAUAAUGUGGUGGAGAGAGGACUGACUGGAUGAUGUGAUGUGAGAUUUGCAUUGGGCGGCGCAACUUUUUGCUGUGCAUUUUGCUUCUGCAUUGGGACAAGGAAAAGUAUGGCAUCUGCGUAAUACUUAGGUACGCAGUUAAGAUUGAUUUGCGACUGGGAAUCGAUAUAGCAUCUGAAGAACGUAAUGUGUACAAUCAAUACCCAAGACGUUUAUGAGAUACUCCGGAUGGAC